AUGAACAAACGGAGACAGCGUCCUCUCCAGGUAUCUUCCAAGUUCCACGAAAUCAACCAGCAAGCCCUGCAAGAAAUGAUCGAAGGCCACAUGAUCUGUUUUAGACUGAUCGUCGAAAUCCCAAGCGCCGCCAAUACAGGGAAAGGCAAAACCAUCAAUGCCAUCCCCACGUGA